AAGAAAAACUUGACGACUGAAAAACAGAAGAAAAGCCAGGUUUUCCAGAGAUUCAAACGAGCUGAGACUGUUCAAAGUGAGUCGGUUAUUCAUUUAUUUAUUUUACUUUAUUUUCUCUUGUUAACUUCCCGAUUAUCGAAGGAGUCCAGCAUAUGGAGAUUACCUUGUUAGGUUUGUAUGCUAUCCUAUAAGCCUACGCCAGAGAUAAAGUAGUAGCUAGCUAGUGCAUAGAUACAGCUUACAUGCAAAUUAUGAAAGGAAAUAAAUAACAGAACACCAUUGUGUAUUUUUUUUCUUUUUUCUUUCUCUUUCAUUUUCUUUUCUUUCUUUUUUCAUAAUAGGGACACUUUAUGGAGACACUUUAAAAAAAGAUCUAUUAUAGCCUCGUUUCUUUCUUUAUGUAACUAAAAUGUGCUUUUAUUUUGUUGUCUUAUUUUAUCUACCGUACCGUAAGUGACCUAAUAAAUGCCCGGGAAGUCUAUUUAAUUUUAGGGUUGCAAGCCGUGGCGUUUUAAUAAUUGAUAUGAGUCGUUUAAAGGAAGAGGCGUUUAUCCUCAUAAUUGUAAUAUCUAUUAGUAAUAACAAUAGGACUGAGUGACAAUAACAAAAUGCAAGAAUCUCAGUCUUUAAAUAUUUAUUAAUGUGAGAGAAAGAUUCCAAAGCAAAGACAUCAUCGGUUGCAACAUUGGAUGAAAUCAUCGGAAAGUGGAAGCCCGAACGCAUGAUGAACUUUCCAAAAAGAAAAAAAAACAAUUAAAAUGUACCACUACUUUUUCAUUGAUUUUGAUUGGUUAUCAUGUGCUAAGUAGUUAAAUUUCAUUAGCUAAGACUGAUUUGGUAAUCUAUCCAUCCGAGAAAUUUGGGUAAUCACGUGACCGUACGCCAUUACGUCCGUUCACUCUUUGGGGGUGGUACCAUGUAGACUCUGGGGUGGUACUUAGUAUACUCUGCAAGGGAGACGAAGGGGAAUCCAAAGCACGCAGCUUGCGUCUGUCUUGGCAAAAGAUUAUUAAGCUGGUUGAAGUUCACCUACAGACAGCCAGUGGAGUUUUUCUAGUGUAGAUCUUGAAUUUCGUCUGUUGAUUUACGACAAAAACCGUGAACAAUAUAUAUUUUUAGCGUGUGCUUUUACCUUGGUCACAGAUUUGUCAAUGUUUUAAAAGGUGAAUUCAUGCGUAAAAACUUAUGCAGCAUCUUGAAGUUUGUUUACCGUGGUGUAUAAAGAUUUUAAGCUUUUUGUGUUCUUUCAAUGCUGCCGCAACAAGAAAUACAAGCUUUUUGUGUUCUUUCAAUGCUGCCGGAACAUGAAAUACAGCCGCUAUCAAGAUUCUUUCUUUGUUCAUAGUUGGUUUGAUAGUUUGUUUAUCUUAUUUGUGGUUGAGGAAAGCGUGGCAUAAAGGCUUUUCUAACCUAAUUUUCUGCCUUUCAGAGCAUUUUCUUCAGGUGAGGUUGAUUAUUCAGCAUUGUUUUUUUUCUGUCUGGUUUGACUUGUUUAUGAUUCCGGGCGUUAUUAUUUCCUGUCACUUACGGUUCCACUAAUACUCAAGAAAAACAAACACCGACAAAAAAACAAAAAAAUCUUUAAACUUUCAUUUGAGUCUUGCUUCGAGGUGCGUUCAUCUAGUUUUCACCAUCUAACCUGUUUAAAAAACGUGAACGGAGCCGGUCGGGAUAAAAAAAAGACAACAACAACAACAAAAACAAAAACACAAAAAAAAACACAAAAAAAAACAUUCUCAGUUAAUAAAUCAAAGGUUAUAAAUCAAAGGGUUUUUAGAAACGGUUCAAACACACUAAUCCUCUUUCUAGAAUGAAUUAAACUGAACUGUUCUUGUGGUACAUUUUCUAUUGCAUUUGAUGUUGUUUUGUUUCUGGUUUCAUUUUUAUGCCGUCACGUUACGCACGUAAGAUUUGAGACAAUAACAAGAAAGCUUGGAGCGAUAUUCUUGCCUCGAGGUCAUCUUGAAAAAUAGAAAACACCGCGAAACCAGCUUGAAAUUCUCGGUAGGAUUUUAACCGCCGAGAUCUUUGGACCAAGGAAAGAUCUCGCCGAGACCCCUUUAUCUCGGCGGCCAAAAUCUGGCCUAGAUCUCGCCGAGGUUCUCAAAUCUCGGCGGCCAAAAUCCUGCCGAGAAUCCCGCCGAGAUCCCUAAAUCUCGGCGGCCAAAAUUGCAGCGUGGUCUUCCCGUGAUAACGGCGGCAAAAAUCUCGACGAGGUCCCUGAAUCUCUCUGGAUUUCUGAAGAACCAUUCGUGUUGCACCGCUAUUCUGAAAAUGACCUAGGACUGGAGAAGGAGCCUUGUCAACAGAGAGUCAGCCAUGGCCGUGGCCGUUGAUUUAUCAAAGGCUUUUGACUUUAAUUUAUUAAAGAGAAACUAGAUUAGAAACAGAAUAUUCAGGCAAUAAUUUAUUUUAAAAACAUCAAUUCUUAAAGAAAUACGAUCGUAAAGCAAAGAUGCAAGGAACAUUUCAAGUGUACGAGAUCGGUGAAGAUCGCGCGUUUUGCACAAUGAGCUUCAACAGAAAGUUAAUAAAUUUUUGUGGGAGGAAUAUUUCGAAACUGAAAGGCCAUGUCUGUUUUAUUUUUGCGUGGACGUCGCGCGGAUUUUAGAGCUCGUGCCAUAUUAGUGCUCAGGCUGAGCACGGUCAAUUUGCUUUAGGGAGCCACCUCAGGCUGCCUCUUUGAUCCACCAAUAUUGUACAAAAAUGUCAAGAAAAAAAUGUAUGUUGUCAUAUCUCCCAUCCCCUCCCUCUCCCCCCCUCCACCCAAAAAAAUGCGAUGAUGAAGUCUGAUUUCUGCUCUUUAGUGAACCCAAAUUGACUGGUUGGGUGAGUGGAGAGUUCAUAAUGGGAUAGGUGUCCUGUGGGUAAGUAAGUGCAAAAUUCUUAACACAUUUUGUCCAAGAUUGUAGCCACGCAAGUAUAAAAAUUAUCACUGAGGCAGUUGAAAGACAUGAUUAAAUAAAACAAUAAACACCUUCAGCUCUCAUAAUCAAUCAGAAUCUGAUUGAUGAUGGUCAUCUUAACGUGAAAAAAAAAAAAAUGUAGAGAUACUUACGUCAGUAGUCUUCAAAUAACCCCAAACCUUUUGUCAGAUGAACUGCAAUGAAUGUUGUAUAUAGACUGCUUGAUUCAGCUUGGCCAUCAAGGCACAGACAUUCGUUCAGAAGUCUUUAUUACUGUUCAUAAAAAAGUAUUUAACUUUAUUAGUUAGAUAGUUUUUAUAGUCAGGUACGUGACAGAAAGAAUAUAUGCUGUAGCAUUAUGUUUAGCACUAUGUUCGAAAACAGAAUAUGAAAUAAACCACAGACGGCUUGAAAUUAACCAUCUUAUUGGGACCCCUUUCAACAUCACUGUCAACUGUCAACACUGACGUCAAAGUGGAAAAUGCUGGCGCACAUACCCCCACGACCCCACCCCGGUUGUCGAAUAAGUCGGCAAUAUUGGAAACGAAAAAAAAUUUAAAAAAGGAAGCAAAUUUGUGUCCAUGGUUUGGACCUAAGCCAAUUAAUCAAAAGCAUUUCCCUUACGUAUGACUGUUGAUUCAUUUUGGGAAGUGAACAGCUUUAACUUGAAAGUGUCUAUUUUUGGCUCCAAAGUAUCAUUCUAUAUUUUUAAUUAAUUUAAAUCGCAUCACAACAAAUGCUUGAAUGGGAAAUAAAAAAAAAAAAGAAUAAUAAUAAAAUAAAAUAAUAAUAAUAAUAAUAAUAAUAAUAAUAAUAAUAAUAAUAAUAAUAAUAAUAACAAUAAUAAUAAUAAAGGAAUUGUGUUAUCCUUUAGCCUGGAAUCGGUAUUGAUUGCAAACUGGCAACCUACUGUUAUACCUUUCCUUUGUUUCUUUCAUGAAAAGAUGCUUCUAUCAGUCCCGAUGAUUCGAAGAAAAGUAAGAAUUGUUCGAAGGAAAUAACGACGCAAAUGAAUAAACAAAUAAGUAGAUAAAUAAACAUGCACAUAUAGGGUGCAUAAACUAGAUUAAAAAAAAGUUAAUCAAAAAGGACAAACCAUAUUUCAACAAGUUUGUAAGGGCUUCCUUUUUUGAAAGGAUUAGGGUUAGGGGUUAAAUUGUUAAAACAAUGUGAAAGUCAACAUAUUACUAGCCUUUUAAAACUACAACGUUUUAGCCUCUAACCAUCACAACCAACGGUGACGCAAAAAAAUGGAAAACGCGGGCGUACAUGUACACACAUGCCAGCGUAAGUCAAUUACAGCUGUCUCUCCUCCCUAGUCGCCGCUAGGUCAACCCAAGCGUUGAGGAGUGAGGAGAGGUGGCUGUAGUCGCAGACUAAGUUUAUUAUUUGCAUAAGUUCAGUGGUCCGCGAGAGAUGUCAGUUACCCGCCAUAUAUAACAAAUUAACCACUACAGCUUGAAAUUAACCAUCUUAUUGGGACCCAUUUUCUAUACAAAAUUUUAACCUGUAAACGCCACAGUCAACAGUGACGUCAAAAUGGAAAAUGCUGGCGCACACACCCCCACGGCCCCACCCCGGUUGUCGAAUAAGCCAACAAUAAUGGAAACGAAAAAAAAAUAAAAUAAAAAAGGAAACGUUUGUGCCCAUGGUCUGUGCCUAAGCCAGUUCAAAAGCAUUUCCCUUACUUAUGACUGUUGAUUCAUUUUGGGAAGUUAACAGCUUUAACUUAAAAGAGUUUAUUUUUGGACGCACAGAAACCUGUGAAGUUAAACCAAGCUUAUGUCAAGAAGAUGAACAACGGCGUGUCAAUGCCAUUCCUGCGAACAACAUAACCAUAACAUUUCACAAGCUUCACGACACUGGCAGAUUUUAUGCAAAUGUAUCGUGGACACCUUCACCUGGUAAGUUUAUCAGAAUCUCAAGAAUAUGCAAUGUCCAGUUCCCAAGCAUUGGAUCGUUUACACCGUACCUAAGAUCAAUUAAAGGAAUUAUAAGAAAUAAUUUUACAAUUUACUUUGAAAAACUGAGGAAACCAUUUGAUCGUGCAGUGAGACAAUCACAAUAAAGUUCAGGACACGCGAGCAAACCUCAAAAAUCACAAACUUAGUGAACUGCCGUUACUGUUUGCGGUUUAGUUUCCCCACGCCUUAUUGGCUAUUUCCUCCCAACACCAAAACAUUUCAUAAACAUGUCUGGUGUUCACGAUGUUGUGAGUUUCACAGUGUUUGGUCAAGAGGGGAACAUCUCGUCAAUUUACUUCCAAGUCUUAAAAUUUCUUUUCUGUCACUCUUAUUUGUGUUCAGCUUUGCUGUGUUUUCCUCUCAAAGCAGGACCAGACAAUUCCACUGGUUACAGGCUGAUUUAUAUUAUGGGGCGUUACUGGGACUAUUGUUGCCGAGACGUUAAUAAGGUGAGUCAUUCGGUCAAAUAAGUUGCCAUUGUCUAGUUAACUCUACUGCUUCCUGCAACCGGGGGGAGAAUCCGGAGGAUCAUGCUCGAUAAUGAUACGGCCACCAAAAUUACAUAUUAAUUCAAUAACAUUCGUGCGCACGUGGAUAUUUUUCGUGAAAUGAGGACCAAUGACCAAUCAGAUCAUGAUAUAUAUAGCAGAAUCUUCUAUCAUUGUUGGCCGACAUCAAAACGUAUUCUACAGUCUUCCCCGCAUUGCUUUCUUCCCCAGGGCGUGCUCGACUUGCUUGGCUUGCUGAUUUCUUUUAUUUAUUUAUUUAUUUAUUUAUUUGCUUGGCUUGUUUCGCUUGCAGAUUUUCUUUUAAGCCCCGCACCAUUUCGGAGCCUGUUCGCAUGUCAGUUUUCUCAAUACCUCAAAUCCCUAUAAAUAACUUCCAUCCCUAGUAAUAACUUUAAUCAUUCAGUACUUAACUGAUAAACAAAGUGGCAAAUGAUUAGAAAAUUACAAGGCGCAUCGACUAUAACCCGAUGAAGUUGCUUAUCAACCGUUUCCACUGUUCCAAGGUAUGCCAAAAAAGGGUAUCCACACUAAUAAAGAACUGAUAAAAAACAACAACAACAACAACAACAAAAACACUGCUGAAUUCAACCAUUAGUGAAAUGAGGCAACUACAAAAACUACAACUAUAAAUCUCCAAUCAAUACGCAUAUGCGUACAUAUGUUUGUCUUUAUUGCUUUCAGACAACUACAUCAGCCAUUGUUGAUAGAUUUACUAAAGGCUUAAAAGGAAAUGAGUAUUUUCGCGUCAAGGUAAGCUUAGAAAAGUCAACCAACAUAAAGAAAACCGUUGCUUCCAUGGAAUUACUGCAACACUUUAUGGUGAGGGUAAAAGGCAGAUGAGUUUGCGGAAUGGCAUAUGGCAUAAUUAUGCGGAAUGUAAUAUAUGCAGAAUGACUUAAAGAAAUAAAUAAAACUGAAUAUUGCGCCCUUUUUUGGCGACAAUAAAUUCACAGGCUACCGCUUCUUUAAUGUUGCGUGCUCGACUACGAUGACAAUCAAAAAGCCAGGAACAGCCACAAAGAUUCUACUUGCCUUUAUUAGUCGGGCUGCUGGCAGUACCGAUACUACAUCGCGAAAGUCGGCCAUUGAAGAAAAGAUGAUUUGGAAGGUCACACUCUCUUCUGCUUUAUUUUUUUUUUCUGCAAAAGAUAUUUGCAUGAUUAACGUCACUUUUUCUUUAAUCUUAUUUUCAUUUGAAACCGUGUGAGAAGUGUUUCUUUUUUCAGACGGUGGGUCGCGUGAUUGUUCCUGACAUAAUAUUAAGAGAUCGAACGUGUCUUGUAUUUUAUUUUCUUGGCUGCGUGUUGAAGUUUCAGGCACGCGAAGCUAUUAAACAGCUGGACGAGAAGCGCGAGCUCGCAUCCUGGCAAUCGAGUUUGUAUGCUUUCUGUCUUUCUUUCUUUCUUUUCUUUUUCUUUUCCUUCCUAUUUUUAGGAUUUUUUCUCCUUUACCUUUUCUUUAUUAAGUUAGUAAACCCGGUUCGGCAUAGCACUAACUGUUUAAAAAAAAUACAAAACUAUUAAAUAAAAAACAUAUUAAUGACUUGGCUAGUUCAAACAAACAAGGGAAGUGCGAAGAGACGCGGAAAAGCCUAGGAGACAGAGAGAAAUUCGCCGCUUGACUCUAUUUGUGGAUUGCGGAUUAAUGUUUGACUCUAGGCGUUCAUUUAGUCUCGAAUUUGAUCUGAUUCGUUCAACGGCGAAUUAAAAAUCCCUAGAAUUGUUGCUAGCCCGACUUCACGUUCAGCGAGCGUUUUUUUUUUUUCCUCUCGCGUUGCCAUAAAGAGUGACCGUUGAUUUGAGUAGCACAGGCUAUAUACUCCUAAAAACCCAAACAGAUUUGUGACACUAUACGUCUGCACGUAUUUGACGAGGCUUAUUUCUUUAUUUCAUUUGGGACUGCCGACUCUGCAAUUUCCUAACAGCCUCGAUCCCAGGGUCCUUUCUCUUCUUUUCUAUUUUACCUUGUCCGCCGUUACGGCCUCAAUAGAAGAUUGUUUAAACUUGGCAUGCUUUCGUACUUUCAAUGCGCUUCACUAGAAAAGAGACGUGAGUAAAGAACCGUUUCAGUUUAUCUUGGAAACGAGUUAUGGGUGAUUUAUCAAGUAUUCGUGUAUCAGCUGUGUUUCAAUCUUAGCCUUGCUUUAAUAACAGUAAUCAGUCAGGGUCACAGCCAGAACUGGAUAUAUGAUUUCCUGUCAUCUGAUUGGCUUACGCAGAACCAAAACAUUGCUCAGACCGCAAAAGGACUAAGGCCGAGAGAAAUGGCGGCGAUGUCGCGUCGAAAGCCGCUGCAAAGAUACUCAUGAUACGAUAGAAUCGUUCCGAUCUAUCGACUUUUAGAACAUGCGGAAAAUUCCAUCGAAAAGUCGUUUUCUUUAUUUUUCUUUACUGGAAUUACAUGACUCCCAGAAGCUCGCAAACUAUAAGCUUUAAUCAGCAACCUUGUUUACGACUUCUUCGCACGAUGUAGGCCGCCUGAUCUCACUCAAGUUCUCAAUUCACCAGAGCCUAGGAAAGUGAACGCUACCUUAUAGCGUGCAUAUAUACCCUAAGUAAGCGCAAUUUUGGCCUUGAUUUUCCUGAUUUCACAAGGGCUGUUGAGGAAAAGUUACUUUUUCCCGACAUUCUUAUUUCAAUGUGCACUGGGAUAGUGAAUAUUAUAUCGACAAACAGGUGUACACCGUUUGAAUAAGGGCAGUUUAUUUCGUUUAGUUCUUUUUGAAGUGCUUCAGUUAUUAUCGGAAGAUGAUGUUUCAGGUACCUUAAGCAAGUUCUUAUAAACAUAACCAGGGUGACCCAGAUUGUAUGAAUUCCUUGCUUAAAAUAAGAAAGUAGGAAAUAAACUUGACAAUGUUUAUUUGUUUAUUAAUUGUUCAGUUUUAAAAAUUGUAUGACACUAAAGUUUUGAUUUCUAAAAAAAAACAUAUAACACUUUAACAUCCCCAUUUGAGCUAGUAUCCUUCUCAGAUACUUCUCCUCUUCUGUUUACAAUGCAGUUGUUGCAAGAUUUGUAUUUUGUACACAAGCAUAGGUUACAAUCAUUCCACUAAAGGUUAAGCAAAUAACACCACUCAGUAUAAAACAACCAUUUUAUUAUGGUUCCCCUAUCGUAUCACCACUGCAUUUUCCCCUUUCAAAGCUUCAUUGUCAUAAGCUGCAAGAAAAAAUAAUUAUAAAGUUACUAAUAAUAUAUUAUACUGUCACUCAACACAAACCAUCAGUCAGGAUGGACUGCACUUGUAUUGAUUUUAAUGAUAGCUAUAUUUCUUUGACAGCUACAUAUAUUUCUUUCAUAUCAUAGGGAAAAUAUCACUAUUCCAUCAAAGCCACUCAUGCCAAAUUCUCACCAUUUCCUCCUACUAUUUCCCUCUCAUCAACUUAGUAUGUGUAAUCAAAUGGUGACGAGUGAAAUUAGGGAAUAAUUUCACGCGCGUUUUGUCCAAAUCCUUAUAAUUUCCCGAGCCUAAAGGCUCGGGAAAUUAUUAGGAUUUGGACAAAACGCAAGUGAAAUUAUUCCCUAAUUUCACGAGUAUACCAUUUGAUUACCUAUUAAUAUCAUGGGUGACGAAUUACGUUAGCAAUCGAGGAUUUUUGACUUGUUUAUCCUGAAUCGGUAUCGAUCGAGCGUGAACUCCACUCUCUCAAACGUUUAGAGCUAAAAUUUGGCUUAAGUUUUCAGAAUUUUUCCACCACAUACCUCUAAGAAUCCUUCUUGAUGUGCUCUUUCGUGUGUUCAGGUUUUCUAAAGCGUCUUUUUAUGCCCCGACAUCUUCAUUCAUGACAUUUUAAAACUUCCUCGCCAUCUUGAAACGGAGACGUACGGCAGGUUGCCAUGGCAAUUUGGUAAUUUCACAUGUGAAAUUACAAAUUAACACUAAAAUUUCGCGCCAAAAUUAAGGAGUAAUUCGUCACCUAUGAUAUUAUGCAAAAUAAUUGCUCAUAAGAGGUCAAGCAGAUACGACUAAAAUACUAGAAAGAGGCUACAGGGAGUUCAGAAUAUCAAUACCCAAAAAUGCCUUGUCAAAUAGAUUUAGACAGAUACAACAGACCAAAACAAAAGCUUCCAGAUUUGAAUGCAUAGAGGUAUUUGUGUAAAAUAAGCAACAAAUAAUGUAAAGUUUUUGACCAAGUAUUCUUUUAUACCUUUAUUACCACAACUACAUGUAUCAAACUGAUUUUUAUACUUACUCUUAUUUCCAUGUCUUGAAAUCCAUCAAUGAAAGACCCCAUGGACCUAAUUAGUACGGAUAACAACAAGAUUUGUAGUGAUAUGUUUCAUCCACUUCUGAGUAGUAGUGGGUUUUGCAGGUCACUUUGGUUCUUCAGUUCUUAUUCUUAAAAGAAAAUAGAAUAUUUUUUGUUAUUAUUGAUAUUGUUAAGAGCCCGCGAUAUUAGCAAACUCUGCGACGCAUGGGAAUAAUUGUUGACACAAGUGUAGGACCUGCCAUCUUUGUUGUUGCUCGUUUUGUACUGAAAUACAUCCAGAGUGUUACUGUUAGCUGUAACUUCUGCGCUGUCCGGCCUGAAAGUCGCUCUUAUCUUCAGUAAUAUUGCUAAAUUCCUUCCGUGUCUGACUAGAAAAAAUCUUUUUAAAAAAUAAAACAAACAGAAUCUAUGAAAAUGAAAAUGAUCCUCACAGUUAAAUACUAGGGUUUUAUUCUUACAUGUAUGUGUGCCACCCGAACCUCCAAAUGUAAUAUUAUUACUGGAGUGAGGCAUUGUUAGAGUUGAGUGUUCAAGAACACAGCAUUAUGAACUCAAACAGGGCUAGCUCAUUCCUGGAACGCUUGAAGUGGAUUGAAGCCCACUGACCAACUUAACACAAGACUAUUGCUUUUCCAGCAUAUAGUUGCAGUAGAGCAACUAUAAAUUAUUUUUUAUUAUUAUUAACAAUUUUGGUAAGAGUGUACUGCAACUGUACCAUGUGUUACCACAGUAAGGUCUGCUCGAUCGGCCAGACAACAACCCUGUGUGGCGAAACUGCAUUGCUCCUUGAACCAACCAACGCAAUCUGGACAACACUGCAGUUUUAUCGAAACCCGAACUGUCCUGAGAUCAAUCGUCAAGAAAUAUUCCCUGCAAGUUUCAAGAAGGCUUUUAAAUAGGGCCUCAAAUAUAACCAAUUUUCCCCCCAGAUAUUUUGUUUACAAGUGAGCAUCCUCAUUAUUCACUGGCAUUGUCUACAAGUUUCAUAUGCACGUGCACAACUAGCAAAAGAUAUAAAUUUGCAUCAAAAAGAACUCUCGAUUACUAGCUAUUACUAUCCGAAGAAAUAUCCGGAAUAUGCUAAUAAUUGGCUUGUCGUCACAGAUGCAGUGAGAGCCGAAACGGUGAACAUCACGGCUCAUCGUGUAGGAUGGAAUACUUAAUUAUCUUUCUCGGGUUAUAAAAUCACAGAAACUCUCACAAAGAGUUGCUCUGAUGUUAUAAUGUAUCAUUAAUCUCUUUACCCGGUAAUUAGCAUAUCCCGGAGAUUUAACCGUGGGUCCUUUUUGAUGCGAAUUCUAUCUUUUUGCUAAAUGUGCACGUGUAUAUGAAACUUGGAAACAAUGCCAGUGAAUAAUGGGGACGCUCACUUGUAAACACAAAAUCUGGGGGGAAAAUUGGCUAUAUUUGAGGCCCUAUUUAAAAGUCUUACCUGUUUUCAAUGUUCUUAAAACUCGCAGGGAAUAUUUCUUGACGAUUGAUCUCAGGAUUGUCGAAUUUAUAAAAAAAAAUUAUCGAGUGGUUUUUGGAAAAAUGCGAAAUUUUUAGGCGUGGACCAAAUUACGUCCAAAAUCUGUAUCAAAAGCAGCUAAAUGCAAGUUAAUAAAAUUCUUCUUACUCGCGAUCGCCCAGAGCAAUUCCCCUCUUUUUUCGUAUGCAGUUUUCAAUGGAAUCAAACCACUAUGAGAUGAAGCCUCGUUCCCAAAGAAUAUAAUUUUCUUAAAAUAUUAGCGAAUUGUGUAGCUAGCAUGCUAUUUUCACUGUUUUUAUUAUUCUUAAAACUACUUUUCAAAAUAUUUCGAAAACGCUCUCAAUAUAAUACAGUUGUGGUAACCUUUUUUCCAUAUCUUUACUCAUGCCGACGUAGAUAAUGCUCAACGAUGGGAGGUAUCAACCCCAAAAACUCCAGUCGAGCCACCUUAAGCUAAGUUUUCAAAAGCCUUGAGGUGGCCCGAACCUAUUUAUAUGCGUGUUGGUUAUACUUUCGCUUUGCGUUUUUCAGAAUGAAAGAUUCAACCGAUUUCUAUGAUUUUUGGCAUACUUAGGGCCUGUUUACAUGAAGGUGGGGGACUCCAGGUAGAUGAGGUAACCCGCUUGGGUGGGGUAAAAAAAGGUAACUCUCCUUUACAUGCAAUCUUACAACCCCGCCAUCCCGGGGCACAUUUUCUCAAGGUUAUUGAGUCUGGUCACUAAGAACGUACACAAGAAAAAUGCUGCAAACCACGUUUUUUGGUCAUUAACAGAGACGGUCAGGAAAUAUCGACCAUCGAGUGGCAAGAGUUGAAAAAACGGUUUCCUUCAUUUUUUGUCCAUAAAUAGCUUCUAGGUAGAUAAGUAAUCUGAUGUAAGUUGUUCACGCAAAAAGCCUUUCAUUUUCGAGAAAAGUAAGAACAUCAGUUUUCGUGGUAGGAGUCUCAAAAUGGCCGUAUUUUCAACCGGAAAAAAAAUUGUCGUUGGGUGCCCCUGACUUUUGUGCGUUUCGAAAUUUGAAGUGUUUACACAAUUACGGCCGGCCUAUCAUGAAAAUUCCUGAACUUCGAUGGUGUCUUACACAGAUUCCCUUCAACAACCCAAGCCAAUUCCCAAGUAUCUUUAAAUGAUUGUCUAAAUGUCUGAUUUAAAUACCGUGAAGAGAAUUUGGAGUUAUAUCACUUGUUAAAUUUUGCCGUCGAAAAUGAGUAACGAACUUAGUUUUUGUUAUCCUGAUAGCCUGUCCCUCAUUUGUGAAUUAUUUCAGUACGACGAGCUUCGCUAUUACCCUGAAAGUAUCUGUUAGUGGAAGAAAAAGAAUUUUUCUAUUCGUGGAAAGUGUCCAAAUUUCUCCAUGCGGCUUCGUUUGCGAACGCGAGGAAAGUUGAUGUUAGCGAAUUUCAGGUUAAAAAUUAGGACAGUCUGAGACUCCUACAUCGAAAACCAAUCUUCUACUUUUUCUCACAAACAAAAGUCUUUUGGCAGGAACAAUCUCCAUUAGGUUUCUUAUCUACCUUAAAGCUAUCUAUUAACAAAAAAUGAAAGAAAUUGAUUUUUCAGCUCUUGGCACGAAAUUAAGAUUUUGGUCGAUUUUUCCUAACCGUCGCUCUUAAUACUCUUCUACACUCACUUGCUGCUAUUGCUGCAACCUUGAGUGUUGUGGCUUUCUAUUGUUACCUUUAAUAAUGAUGCAAAGCUACCGCCAAAGUGAAUUUUGCACGAAUUCAGUAUCGCGAAUCCGAUCCCAGCUAGGCGGGUUACCCCACCUUGAAACGUUGACAUGGAAAAAUUUGACCCCAGCUUAGAGGGUUACCCGGUCUGGCUGACCGGGCUACCAGCCUUGGCGGGUCACCCUACCUAUCAUGUAAACGUGAUCAAAUUAAAAUGAGAGAUUAUAUGGACAGGCGGGUUACCCCACCUUAGCGGGUUACCUCACCUACCUGGAGUCCCCCACCUUCAUAUAAACAGGCUCUUAAUAAACAAUAAUGAAAAUCAUGGAACGGGCAGUUUGCUGUUGGGGAUAAUGAGAAGAAUAAGACAAUUGUCAUAUUUUCUUCAUCUUUAUUCCCAAGUGGUAAACUUCCCGUGCGAAUGUGAUGACAAGUCUAAAAAGCUUGAAUAAAUUACCAAAUACAAGGGUUUUCAUUGCAGCUGAAAAAUGGAUGGUUAGAAGUACUGGAGUUGGUGGCCUUAUUUCUCUUCAAAACGGGAACCUCCGAGGCUAAAAACUCUUGACAGUUUUUCGUAGACGCUGUAUUUUGCUUUGUUAAGAUUUGUUCCCAAAAGAGAGGGACAAAUACAACGUAAGGGGCUGCUUACAUGGAGGUGGGGGACCCCAGGUAGGUGAGGUAACCCGCUAAGGUGUGGUAACCCACCUGUCCAUAUAAUCUCUCAUUUUGAUUUGAUCACGUUUACAUGAUAGGUGAGGUGACCCGCCAAGGAGGGUAGCCCAGUCUGCCAGACCGGGUAACCCUCUCAGCCGGGCUCAAAUUUUGCUAUGUACACGUUUCAAGGUGGGGUAACCCGCCAAGCUGGGGUCGGAUUCGCGAUACUGAAUUCGCGCAAAAUUCACUUUGGCGGUAGCUUUGCGUCAUUAUUAAAGGUUACAAUAGAAAGCCACAGUACUGGAGGUUGCAGCAAAAGCAGCAAGCGAGUGUAGAAGAGUAUUAAGAAUGUUCUUAGUAAUUGUUUUUAUGUUUCACCAAACUGACUUGCUGGUGGUUUCCACUGUUCGAAUCUUGAUGAAUUUCGUGACACAGUUCCUCUAAUUACUAUAUUAGUUCACGCUUCAGGUAGUUCUAUCAAGGUCGUAAGUUAAGAUCAUCUCGGAUUUACUUUGGUAGGUUAACCGUUUAGAGGGUGUUAUAGAAUUAUGCUCCCGGUAUUUACGAUGUCAUUCUUUGCGAGACGAGGCCGAAGGCACCGUGAAGCGUGGUUCAUAAAACUGCAGGAAUGUGCGUCGCACGUGGAUCACUUAACCGAGUGAAAUAUUGGGUUGCCUACCUAUAAGUCGGAUUAAUGUUCAAAUUUUUUAGCGACAAAAGAGUCUGUAACUUAGGAAACUGUAAUUUGGCAUCAGCAACCGAAGCCAGCUUAGUGCUAGACUUGAAUUGUAAAAAAUGUUUUAGUCAGUUUUUAGGGGGAUUAAAUUUUCCACGAGGAAAAUGCUUUCAAAAUAACAAUUGGCCAGGUGUAUGUCUUCGCUGCGUUGUGAAAUCGUGGAUGUCUCGCUGCCAUGCGAUCGACUCCAUCGAGUUGUCAUCGAGUUAGAUCGUAUGUUUAUUUUUCCUCUUUAUUUCCCGGCCUACUGUUUUUCCACUCUUUUCCCGAGAUUCAAGAGAUUCUUCAAGACACGUAUUUCCCAUCUCAGUUCAGAUGACAAGUUUGUCGCUGAAUCUACACUGCUCAGAAAAACGGGGGACGUUCUACCGUCGUAUUGCCUACCUUACUUGACUACCUUUGUUUGCGAUUAUUUCACACAUAUCCUGUGCUGGGGCCCGUUUCUCGAAAGUCCCGGUAACUUUACGGGCCCGAAAUCAAAUAUUCAAAUCGAAAUAUAAAGAAUAAGAGCGUGGGUCCUGGCUAGCAAACUACUCCAUUUUGUUCAUUAACUGACAGUUUUAUCGUGUUAGAUGCAAAACUAUUGAAACCUCGGUCUUUAAUGCAAACGGAGACAGCUUACCGGGCCCGUUAAUUAUCGGGACUUUCGAGAAACGGGCCCCUGGGUUGGUAAUUACAGCAAGGAUUUUUAAUGGACUGAUUCUCGCAUUCACUUUUUUUACCAGGUACUUACUCUUCCACUUACACCAGGUACUCCUGUUAAACUCAAACGUAAGUUAAUGGUAAUAUCUUCUUGCGCGCUAGCUGUUAUUUACUGUCUUCACCUUUAUCAAAGUUGCAUUAAAAUGCCAUAGAGUGUUAAAUGUGCAAUCAAAUUACAUGAUACCAGAAUAUGACAUUGAUGAUGCCAUUUUUGUCCUUUUAACUCUCUUUCUUGUCACAGGAAAAAGGAUACCGCAGCUGACUAGGCCGCCAACCGGUAAUUAUUUUAAGAGUACUUGCAAAGUAAAGAUGCUAUUUUUAGAAGCCUAAGCUCGUUUUACUCUAGCCAAUAACGAGACCAGAUCGAUUCUUUGUUUUCAAUUGCUUUAGUGAAAGUGACUGGUAGGUAAUGAAAAAUAUGACUUUUAAUCGAACAGCUGUCAUUCAAAGUCGAUCCACAGAAGAAAUAACAUUGCUUUUUUGCUUUUUUAAUCCGGUAUUCAAAAUAUUUCUCCGUUUUUGAAUGGUCUAAAUAUCCGGGCCAAUAAUUCAUAAAGCGCUAUCGCUGACUAAAAUUGAAUAUACUUACGUUAAUUGUCCAUAAAAAAAUAUAAGUCGUCAGGUAGAUCGUCAUAUCACUUAUAUAAUUAUUGGAUGAUUUAUGUAACAACCACUACUUAUGUAACUGAUGACCGAAUAUAAACACUUGACAUUUAGAUACAUUGUAUUUGUUCAUUGUUUUCAAGAAAAGAAGUCCACCUGACUACGAAUCCACCCUGUAAUUUUUUUACGCUUACCCAGUUUAUUACUAAGCCUUUUCCUUUGCCCUAGAAAGACCUUUGGCCACGUACCUGCAAGAGCUGAAUCAUCAGUAAAACCAAUAAACUCCUCUUCUUUACGAUGAACAGAAAAAUCAAAACAAUAAAAACAAAAAUAAUAAUAAUUAACAACAACAACAAAAAAGCUAUACAAGGAGAAAGUAUUCAGUUUAUCUUAGUUCUCAUUUUAUUCCAGUCUAUUUUAGACUAUUUUGGGCUAUUCAAGUUUAAUGCCGUUUUCUUGAAGACUGUUAUCAGACUGUACAUUUAGAACAUUUGAUGGGCAAAAUAAAAGAAAUACUCAUUUGCUUUGUCAUUUCUUUGAGCUUUUGAAAUAUAUUACGUAAUCAUUUUUUGUAAAUGCGCAACUGCAACAACGCUGUUAAGGAAAAAAGGAAAAUGUAAAAACCAGAAUAGGAAUUAAUAGGCCCUUUGCAGGACUUGGUCACGUGACCCUUCUUAAGCAGCAAUUAUGGGAUACAGCUCUUAAAAUGCCUUAGAUGGAAAGAGCACGAGAAAAUUAGCCAGAAGGCCAAUUUUGAGGGGACUGACACAUAAAACUAAGAUUUUAUAGCUGCUUGAAUUUCUAGAAAAUUNAAAGUAUUCAGUUUAUCUUAGUUCUCAUUUUAUUCCAGUCUAUUUUAGACUAUUUUGGGCUAUUCAAGUUUAAUGCCGUUUUCUUGAAGACUGUUAUCAGACUGUACAUUUAGAACAUUUGAUGGGCAAAAUAAAAGAAAUACUCAUUUGCUUUGUCAUUUCUUUGAGCUUUUGAAAUAUAUUACGUAAUCAUUUUUUGUAAAUGCGCAACUGCAACAACGCUGUUAAGGAAAAAAGGAAAAUGUAAAAACCAGAAUAGGAAUUAAUAGGCCCUUUGCAGGACUUGGUCACGUGACCCUUCUUAAGCAGCAAUUAUGGGAUACAGCUCUUAAAAUGCCUUAGAUGGAAAGAGCACGAGAAAAUUAGCCAGAAGGCCAAUUUUGAGGGGACUGACACAUAAAACUAAGAUUUUAUAGCUGCUUGAAUUUCUAGAAAAUUAUAAGGAUUUGUAUGAAAUAAAUCGCUGGAUCGCACGCCAUGCGUCCCAGCAACUUUUUUCAGACAUUCCAGCAGCUAUAAAAUCUUAGUCUUAUGUGUCAGUCUCCUCAAAAUUCGUCUUCUGGCUAAUUUUCUCGUUCUCUUUCCAUCUGAGGCAUUUUUAGAGCUGUAAUAGUAUGCCAUAAUUUUUGCUUAAGAAUGGUCACGUGAUCAAGUCCUGCAAAGGGCCUAUUAGAAAUAUAGGGUUCAUCAAUUUGCCACGUAUGUGUACAGCAGUUGCGUCUGCACUGGUUAUUUCGCCUUAGAAUAAAUAUAUAAAUGAAUAAAUAAGAAAAAAAAAAACAAUUCUGCAAAUGAAUGAAUCCCAGAGUGGUUUUAGUAAACCUAAUUUAUCCACAUUUAGCUUUUUCCUUAGUAUUCAUUUCCUUGUAACAUUUUACCACAGGUGUGGUAAAAUAUCUUUUUUGCAAUCUCUUUAAUUUCAUCUAGAAAAUCAAGGAACUACGUCUCCAUCACAAACAAGCGAGGGUAAGGAAAAACAACAACAAAAAUGUGAACUUGAUACACGUACAUCGCCAUGAUCAAUAAACCCCCUAGCAUGGAAGGAUUACAAAAAAUAUAUACAUCUAUAUAUUUCUAACUGUCGCCCGGAGAAGAGAAAAUGCAUUGAUCAAGUAUAAACGGAUUUUCGUGAACAUGUUUAUUUAGGCUUUUUUUUUCCUUUUCAGGAGAAGAAGUUGUCCUUACUGCGAGAACUCCUGGUAACUUUUCACGUUUCAUGUUACUAGCUAUUUCCUUUUGUUCUAGAAAGACCAGUAUCCGACAGGAGUAUAAGACUGAAGAGACAGUAAUAAGACUGCGCUAUCUGUGUACCUAUCAGUUAUUUCUCUCAUACGUAGGUGGAUUAUGAUUAUGAUUUUCCGGGCAAGUGUGGUCCUGAAUAGAACUGUUGUUGACAGUGACAGACGUUUCGACAACGUGUGCAGUAGACAUCUUUAGAGCCAACGUCAGUUGCAUCACGUCUGUUGAUUAAAUUCAACUCUUUUUAUUAACCUGAUUGGUCAAUUAAGUCGGAACGUUAUUGGUCGUCUAUAAGUUAAGCCUUGAUUUCAUUGGCUAUGAAGACUCUAGAAUCUACACAGCCCUAUAACAUCACUGCUUAAUGAAAUGACUCUUGCGGUUCAAACCUUUACAGUUCUAUGCCUGAUAGCUUUCUUAACACAAGUUGUACACCAACUUGACGGAUCGAUUUGUCGGAACGAAUUGAUAUCUUCACUGCCAACCAACUGGGUCAUUUCUUUUUCUUUCUGGACAGAGACAAUAAAUCAAUCUUCAUCGUCUUCAUCUACAAGUAAGUAUAUACUAUAUUUGUGUAAAUUAUCAGUGAGUGUUUCAGUUUUAGUUUGAAGAAAAUGAGAACGAUAUAAGAGCACGAGCUGCAAUUUUUUGUUCUUAAGCUCAAGUAAGCCAAGGGAGUAUUUCUGCAUCUCUGUCUAAAGGUGAGUGUGGAAAAUGUAUGUUGGUUUGUUUGUUUUAGUACAGUUUACAUGUCUUUUAUAUAUAUCUGUCUGGAUUUCCAAAAGGUACCUCCAGGAUUUUUUAGCGACUGUCUCAUUUGUGGCUUGUUCGGUACUCGACCAUGUUUUUUCUCUUACGAUGUUUUCAGUACAAAAAAAAAACCUAACAAGCUGCAUUAGACAAAAAACAAAACGAAACAAAACAAAACAAACAAGACAACACAAAAAACAAACAAGCAAACAAAAAAACGUGUUCAUAUGUUACAGCCCAUGUUCUUUAUAACCCUUCAAAAAGCUACACUGCUUAUGAGCAUUCUCGCUGUGGCCUGGCGUAACAGAUUAGACUCUGUCAGUGACUAUUACACGAAGGACAAAUCAUAGGUGAUAACGAUUGCUGCUGCUACUGUUGCUGUUUCUGUUGUUGCUUUUCUUUUGUUGUUGGCCUUUCAGAGCUUUCUGUAUUUUGUACCAUGCAAUCUCAGUUCAACCCGAUGUUUGACAAAAUAUUAUUUCUCAGCAAUCUUGACAGUUCCUUUUAAACUUUGGCACUGCUCACAUUAUUAGCACCUGGGCUACUGCUCUAAUUAUGCAUAUUUAUUUAUUUAUUUUUCUUUGUUUCUUCUUUUUUGGUCCCAUAUCAGGCAACAAGGAUUCACGCGAGAAAAUUUUAAUCAUCACUGCACCUUCGAUCUUCGUGUUACUAGUUGUGACUGUUUCAGCUUGCUGGUACUUUCGGUACUUAAGCACACGAAGACAACCAGCACGAGGUCAGUAUUGCUUGAUUUUUGUAAAAUUAUACGGAGUUUCACAUCCUCUACGAGACAAAAAUCGUAGCUUUUUAUGUUAUUUCAGGUGCUCGUUUGAGAAAACAAAAAUGAACUUCCAAGCAAUUCAGGAAGUUUAGUAGGAGGAAAGAAAAACGUAUAUUACAAUUUGUGUAAGAGCCUGUACUGUAUUCCUUUUGAAUGAUGAACCUCGAUGGUUAGACACGAAUUUAACAAGGUUUUUCUAAAUUUUAAUUUCUAUUUAUUUCAUUUUUUGGCGCAAUUCAGUGCUGUUCCCUCAGUGGUUUAUUAGCACCCUCUGAGAUCAUCCGCGUGUUAUCAUAUUAAUCUUAGUCGUUUCGGGUAAAAUGCAGUUUGGUUUUUUUGUUUACAGUUAUUCUCUAAUGUUAUCUUCCAGAAGAACAUGAACAGGAUGUUGAUUACGACGCCUUCAUCAUAUACAGCUCUGCAGACGAAAAGUGGGUUUAUAAGAUUCUCUGUCCAAUUCUUGAAGAAAAACAUGGUUUGAGGUGUUGUGUUCACCAUAGAGAUUUUGUUGUUGGAAAACCGUUUCGCGAAAACAUGGCCGACAGUGUUUAUAAAAGCAGGAAAAUCAUUGCUGUUGUGUCCCGCAACUUUUUCAAAAGUAAAUAUUGCAGUCAGGAAAUGGAUAUGGCUUUAGGCCGAUCAUUGAAUAGAGGAGAUGACAGUGUUAUUGUGAUUAAAUAUGACGGUGUUGACACAAGGAAGCUUCCUAAAGCACUGAGGCAGAGAAGCUAUAUUGAUUACCCAAAGUUGAUUGAAAAGGAAAUGUGGGAGAGAAGGCUUAUCGACUGUUUAAAGCACGUUCCCGGCAAGAAAACGUCUCCGGUUAGCUUGGUGUAAUCGAUAGGAUACUGGGCAGAGGCGAGUUGGCUUUCUUCUAAUUAUUAAAAAAAAAAUGGUCCAAUUUCUUUUAGUAGAUUUGUUAAUGAAGGUGGGAUCCAACACGCAUACAACCAAUUUCAGUAACAUGCACAUCGGCAUUCGUUUUUGAGGAUUGUUAACUUAGACAUGCCCGGUACCUGCUAAGAUUAGACAGCCAGAGGCAGUUUGGCCCGGUUUCCCUUCAAGCACCACCGGCAAAAGUCCUAGUUAUUAUGAAUCAUGCCUUGCAGAGUGCCACCUACGGUAGUGCUACUAAAAUAAACACUCGCUUUAACGUU